CCCUCGCUGCCGCUGCGCCUCCCGAGCGCUAUGGAGAACACGGAGCUCCGAAGCAGCCGGCAGGAGCGAUUCCCAGACAAAGAUCCCCGGCUCAACCCCUUGUUCGUGGAUCCGGGGCAGCCGCAACAGCCUCUGAUGAUGGUGCUGGAGCCCAGAGGGACGGACGGGCACAGAAUGGUGGAAGUGUUGUUGACUGGAGGGGCUCCCUGGGGAUUCACCUUGAAAGGAGGGAAAGAACACGGAGAGCCUCUCAUAAUUACGAAGAUUGAAGAAGGAAGUAAAGCCGCAGCUGUUGACAAGUUACUGGCUGGAGAUGAAAUUGUGGGCAUCAAUGAUAUAGGCCUGUCAGGAUUUAGACAGGAGGCAAUCUGCUUAGUGAAGGGCUCACAUAAGACCUUAAAGCUUGUCGUAAAAAGGAGGAAUGAUGUAGGCUGUAGACCUCAUUCUUGGCAUGCCACCAAAUUCACAGAAAGCCAUCCUGAGACUGUUUCCUCUCAGUCCAAUGUCUGCACUUCUUGGCAUGCUCGGUACCAUGCAAGCUCUUCAUCCCAUGACCUUUCAAGUUCAUGGGAUCAGACCAAUCUGCAUCGCACUUCUGACCAGUUCAGUUCCCUGGGGAGCAUGGACAGUUUGGACCACCCUUCCCAGCCAUACUCCUACGGACGUCUUUCUGCCGCAAAGUCCAAUAGCAGCAUUGACCACUUAGGCAAUCCAAACAAACGCGAUUCUGCCUAUGGCUCAUUUUCUACCACCUCUAGCACCCCUGACCAUACUUUAUCUAAGGCUGAUGCCUCUUCUACAGAAAACAUGCUAUAUAAGGUAGGACUGUGGGACUCUGCAAAGUCAGGAACUAGCAAGCAAAUCUUGCCCUUUGGUGACACUGCUCAAAGCCUUGAAGAGAGACUGGGAUGUUUGCCAUCUGUUCUCCAGUAUGAGAAUAGCAGAAGCCCAAGACUAGAAGAAAAUCCUGAUCCCAAGCUUGUUAGUUCUGGAAGGUCCAGUUUUGGACCUGUAUGGUAUGUUCCUGAUAAGAAGAAAUCAUCUUCUUCCCCACCACCUCCUCCUCCGCCGCUCCGGAGCGACAGCUUUGCAGCUACCAAAAGCCAUGAGAAGUCCCAGAGUCCUGCGUACACAGAGAUGGCUGGCGCCCAGCACUUUACCAUUCUCAACCGAUCCCAGCUAAGGAGUGACUGGAGGUCAGAGCCUUCUGAGCAGCAUAGAAGAAUGAUCCGGGUGAGUGAUGGGAAAAGGACCAAUAAUGCUCCCUACAAAGCUGAUCUCAGCUUCGAUUAUAGUUGGCCAUCCUCUGAUGACAGAUCUACCAACAGUAAUAACAGGCUACAAUCUUCUUUGUCCAGCACAGACGUUCGUUUUGCACAGUCCGCUCCCAGUUACCACCACCAGCGCCAAUAUAGCGAUGAAAGCACUUUUUUUCAUGGUUCUAGGGCAUCCAGUUCAUCUAAGGAACCAAGACAUUCGGCCCAUUAUGGAGGCCACCCAGAGCUAUCUGCUGACCACGUUCAGACCUAUAAUCCUGCCCAAGUAAGGCUAUUGAAUGUCCCUCCUUCUGUUAAUAGCAUUGCUGACCAGAAGAUGGAGAACACUGGACAGUCUCGUUACUACUGUGUGACAAAGAAACAACCAGCUCAGGGAAGUAACCAGCCACAGCUCCUCAAAGAUGACUAUUGGAAGUCUGGGACUGGGACUGAUGUGGCUUCUGGACCACAUGAAAAUCUUGCCCUCAACAUGAUGGUUCAAAAACCCAAAUGCCAUCUACCUCACUGUGAAGAGUCUUCUGUAGAUUUCAAUGACAGGAACAAUUCUUACCCAAUGGAAAGAGCAGGGGAUGGCUGGUCUACUGGUGAGGAGGAGUCACAAAAAUCUAGCCAUGGUGAGAAAACCAAUCAAAAGAGAGUUACAGAAGAUUUUAAGUGGGGUGAAGAAGAAAGUAGUAAAAUCUCUCCACAGAAGACCCCUAUGUUGCAUUCCUUAGCCCAAGAAGGGAAAAACAGGUCUGAAAACAGCCAAGAUGCUAGUGUAGACAAAUUACCACCAUUCGAUGCCCAGGUAGGUAAACCAACUCGAAGGAGUGACCGGUUUGCAACAACCCUAAGGAAUGAGAUUCAGUUGAGACGAGCAAAACUUCAGAAAAGCAGAAGCACAGCUACCUUGACUGGGACAAAUGAAGAAGAAGAAUAUGCUGAUGGCUGGAAAGCAGAGGCAGGAGAGAAUUUCAAUGCUUCAACCUCAGAAGGAUCUUUCAACAAUACCUAUAAGGACCACUUAAAAGAAGCCCAAGCCAGAGUUCUGAGAGCUACUUCUUUUAAACGGAGAGACUUAGAACCCAGCUCUGCUGACCAUUACUCAAAGUCAUCACCUGAACGCAAGGCUAAUGGAUAUAGUUCUUCCUUCUUGUUGACUCUGGAUUCUGACAGUGCCUCCCAGUUCUUUGACGUAAGCCAAACCAAGACAUCCACAUCUGGGAAUGGCAUGCAGCAUGUUUCCCGUAUCGGAGGCAGGAAGAGAUUCACAGUAGAACAAAAGCUAAAGUCUUACUCUGAACCAGAGAAAAUAAAUGAAGUGGGAAUUUCAGGAGAUUACCAUCAUCCCUGCCAGUAUCCCAACACCUCUGGGGAAGCAAUGGGCUCUUUUGCUGAUCGAUGGAAGUUUUUUGAGGAAACGAGCAAGCCCUCCCAUCAUAAACCUGCCCAGAGACAAGCCAUUUAUGGCUUACCAAAAGAGCAGACUGAUAGACCAGGUAGAAAGUCUUAUGGGCAUGGCGGAGAACAGUGGUACCAAAAAAGGACACGGACCUCUUCUUUUGGAGAAACCUUGAACUACCCUAGUAGUAAAGCUGAAAAGGUGGGGAAAUCUGAACAACCUCAGAGACUGGGAACCUUUGCAGAGUAUCAAGCUUCGUGGAAAGAGCAAAGAAAGCCUUUGGAAGCAAGGAGUUCUGGAAGAUAUCAUUCAGCUGAUGACAUCCUGGAUGCGAGUCUUGAGCAGCAUGAGAAACCCCAGUACAUACAUGAACGAUCCAGGUCAUCACCAUCUACUGAACAUUAUAAACAGGAACCCUCUGCUGGAGUGAGAAGGCAAGCUGAUGAUUCUGGAGAAGAUAGGAAUUAUAUUCGCUCUAAAAUCAGUCCUGAUGAGGGGAAUUUCACUCUGAGCUUCUUUUCUAAGCUCACUGUGUCUCUUCAGCCUCCUCUAAGCAAAGAGCAAACGUGCAUUCUUUCAGGGUCUCAGAGGCAAACAGAUACAGAACAUCAGGGAGAAAGUUCAGGAGAAAAAAGUGAUCCUUUGGAUGAAAAUCUAAGCAGCAAGUUAAGAUCCUUUGAGCCAUCUCACACUAGAGAGCCACUAGCUUUGCCACAGGAGAGCCGAGGAAGGUCUGGGACAUUGCCUAGCGAUUAUAGAUAUUCAGAAGAAAACGAAAAAGAAGGAACCCACGAUUCAGACGCGCCCCAGGAAGCUCAAGCAAAGAACGACGGCACCCACCCUUCCUCGCAGGGCAGAGAAGAAGACUCCCGGUGGAUAGAUUCAGUCCCAUUCAGCAAACGACGGGGACCAGCGCCCCAAAGGCCACCCCCUCCCAGACGGGACGCCAGUAAGUACAGACGCCAGGACUGCCCUCCGCCUCAUCCUCCUCAUUCUCCUGACGCAUCUGUGAAUCCUUCAACCCUUCCCCAGAGUCCCUCCGCGUUGGGCGAGAAGCCUGGCGGUCCUCAGCCGCAGGAGUCUCGGCAACCUGCAUCUUUGGAGGAUGACUGCCAGCCCUUAAAUGAAGACACAUCACAUCUCAAGCCCGAAGCUGUUCCGUCUUCAAAGUACCGUCAUCUUCCGAAGUCCGGCAUGGAAUCCUCUCGGUCUCCUUCGCCUCAGUUUGCUCCCCAGAAACUGACAGACAAACCUCCGUUGCUGGUGCAGGAUGAGAACUCAGCAAGAAUUGAGAAGGUCAUAGAUAAUAAUACCACAGUGAAGAUGGUCCCCAUCAAAAUCGUUCACUCUGAAAGCCACGCUGAGAAAGAGAGUCGGCAAAACCUUGUGAGCACCAUGGAACCCCCUGCUCUGCCCAGUGGCUUGGAAAAAGACCAAAUCAAGACACUCAGCACCUCUGAGCAGUCCUACUCACGCUUCUGCGCCUACACCAGGCAGGGUGUGGAGCCUGAGGCUGAGAAUAAAACCAGAGUGGCUGACUCAGAACCAGCCGAAGCCUUGGGGUACAACUUGAAAGACAGUGAGGAAUCCAGCUCUGCUGUCAGCUACAUGAAGGCCAAAGAGAAGACGUUAGAAGACUUGAAAUCGGAGGAACUAGCCAGGGAGAUUGUAGGAAAGGAUAAGUCUUUGGCAGACAUUCUAGAUCCCAAUGUGAAAAUUAAAACCACCAUGGACCUGAUGGAGGGAAUUUUCCCUAAAGACGAACAUCUCUUAGAAGAGGCUCAGCAACGCAGAAAGCUACUUCCAAAGGUUCCUUCUCCUAAAAUUACAGAGGAAAAGAAAGAAGAACAGAGCAUGCCAUCUGCCAUCUCCCUGACAACCAAUUCUACUUACUACAGUACAUCUGCACCCAAGGCUGAGCUUCUGAUUAAAAUGAAGGACAUGCAGGAACAGCAGCAACAGCAACAGCAGAUUGCAGAGGAUUCUGAAGAUGAACUCGACCAUGACCUGUCAGAGAAGAAGCAAGAGCUCAUUGACAGCAUCAGCCGGAAGCUGAAGGUGCUCCGGGAAGCCCGAGAGACCCUAUUGGAGGAUAUUCAAAACAACAAUGCUCUUGGGGAUGAGGUGGAAGCCAUCGUGAAAGAUGUCUGCAAACCAAAUGAAUUUGACAAGUUCAGGAUGUUCAUUGGAGAUCUUGACAAAGUGGUGAACCUCCUUUUGUCCCUGUCUGGAAGAUUAGCCCGUGUAGAAAAUGCUCUGAAUAAUUUGGAUGAAAAUACAUCACCUGAGGAACAGCGAACGCUCCUGGAAAAGCAAAAACUGCUCACGCGCCAGCACGAAGAUGCAAAAGAACUCAAGGAGAACCUGGACCGCCGGGAGCGCAUCGUCUUUGACAUUCUGGCCAGCUACCUGAGCGGGGAAAGCCUGGCAGACUAUGAGCACUUCGUGAAGAUGAAGUCAGCCCUCAUCAUCGAGCAACGGGAACUAGAAGAUAAAAUCAAGCUGGGCGAGGAGCAGCUGAAGUGUUUGACUGAGAGCCUCCCGCCAGAACGGGCCAAGUAAAAGGAGAAACGCCCUGGUGGAGGACUGGAACAAGAAUGUUUUCCAAAUUAGAUGGGCCAGCCUUCCUUUCAAUAUCCAUUGGAAGAACUACAUAUAUACACCCACACACAUGAACUUUUAAAGAACAGUGAGAAAAUACACUCACUAAACUGAAAAAGAAAUCAGUUCCUAACCAUAACACAACUCUUAACAUUUAUACUUCUGGAAGUCCUUUGUCAAUUUUGAUGAAGUUGCUAAUUAGGAGAUUCCCACCCUUCCCCCAGCUUCAGAGGAAAAUACAUACAAAAUUAAAUACUUGCAUACAUGUGGGCAGACAUUCUGCAUCAUUGGAAGAGCCUUCCAUAUCAAUGAAUUCAUACAUCUACGAAUCUUUGAAUAUGUGUAUGCAUACAUAUAUAAGCCACUCUUUCUACCCCAAUGUAGACUGAUUUUUUUUUCCAAACUUUUUAUUCCUAUUACAUUAAACUAUCUCCCCCAACUCCCAUCUCCAGUUGGAAAGCCUCUAAACUUCUAAUGAAGUAGUCUCCCUUCUGCCCAGAAGUCAUUUGCUGCUAUAACAAGUAAUAUCAAGGCAAAUGAUAUUCUUUGUCCUUGAUUCCCACCUCUUUCAUUGUAGCUAAGCUAACUUAAAGAAUUUUUAAAAUUUAAAUGCUUUAAAAAAAGUUAGAUGAAGAUAGAAUGUAAUCUCCCAUUCCUUGCCUGCUCCUACUCCUCCCUUAAAGGAAAUUCAGUGUAUUAAGCAUGUUGCUGAUUUUGUUACUAAAAAAUUUAUGAUUAUGUCCGUCAGAGUAUUCUCUUCAGUGAUGCAGAGUACAAUAUAGUUACUGUGGUUGUUUUGAGGACAAAUGUAUGUGUAAUGUGAAUAAUAUAAUUUGUGUCUGUAUCUAAUAUUUUGAUUUAGGCGUCUCUCACACAUAGCAAUACAGUUCAGCAAAGCAGUGUCUUUUUCAUCACUGCCCCAAUCCAUUCCCUCUUUUACCUCUUCUGAAAUGUUUGGUUAGAAGGGACCCAAAGAUUCUUGUGUCUCCCUGUACAUAAGUUUGUAAAUAACUAUAUAUUGCUUAAGAGAAAUCUGGUGCUAAUGUUUUGCCUCUGGCAUCUCUGAGGUGAUGGCUAAUUCUUCACCUGACAUUAUAGCUCCAUUGUAGACUUCAUUGUAUAGUGAGAUUUCCGUCCUGGUUACUGGCUGUAGCUUGGAUUCUGCAGUCAUUGGUGGGAAAACGUGUACAGAUUUCACACUUGACACUUAACACUUACUUACUGGCAAAUUACACUGCUUGACUUAAAGGAAAUAAAUAGUGUCUAUUUCAAUGUA